AAUACAGUACAUAACGCAGGAACAGUGAAGGAUAUAAAUAUAUCCACGCUAGAGAGGACAUCAUGGUUGGUUUGUUGGACUAAACCAUUAUCAACAAAGUGGAUCAGAGAAAAAUGAAAGGAUAAGAAGCAAACCAACACUCUGGCUCUUCUCUACACAUCUCAGCAGCAUGUCGAAUUCAACUAACACAAGUCCGUACAGCUCAGAGGACAGGCUAUACAUAAUAAAGGCACACCAAGUGGAACUCAUAGUUAUUCCAGUGCUGCUGCUGGCAACAUCCCUGAUUACAGUAAUAACAAUAUGUUUUCUGAGGCUGUUCCAUAACAACAAGAGCAUACCACAUAAUUCCAAAAAACAACAAUGGAAUAACAGAAAGCAGCACCUGCAAGGCAUUGAUGCACCUCCAGAGCUGAACCCCUUGGCCUAUGAAGUUGUACCCAUGACGGUCCAAACGCAGAACCACAUGGCCAACACACAUCAUGCAGAACCGCAGUCAUCCACUGAGAGGCAGCAUUGUUCUUUUGAGCAAAUCACCCCACUGUCCCUGUCAUUCACAGUGAAACCAGACAAAGCGGUCACACUCUACCAUGCCACUGUGGACCAGAAGCCAGUCGUCUUACGAAUGCUCAAUGAAUCAGCCGAUUCCAGGGAGCGGCAGGUCUUCUUGAGUUUUGCCAACUUCCUAUCCGAACUUGGGCCGCAUCCAUGCCUGCCCAAACUUCUAGGGGUGAUACGAGACGGGACACCCCUAAUUAUCAUAAUGGAGGGACUGGAGAAUCGAGAUCUACUAGGAUUCUUAUGGAGAUGCAGAAAGGACCACACAGAUAUGGCGGAAGCAUGUGCUAUUACAGAACGAGUGGUUUUCUCAAUGGCUAGACAGAUCGCCUCUGCUCUGGAGCAUCUCCAUAGUAAGAACUGCAUUCAUGGAAAUGUUGGUGCACGAAAUGUCCUGGUUGGCCAAGACCUCUCCGUAAAGCUCUGGGGCUUGGGCUCAGCAUGUCGUAGGAGAAUGAAAUCGGGGAUGACGCCGGAGGUCAAGGAAAUAGAGAUGAGAAAGUGGCAAGCUCCAGAGGUGUUAUCCAAUCAACCUGUCAGUCAAAGCAGUGAUAUAUGGUCAUUUGGUAUCUUGCUCUAUGAAAUGAUAACAUUAGGUGAACCACCCUUCCCUAAAGUAAGGGCCAGUGAACUUCUGCAGUACUUACAGAGAGGGAACAUUAUACAGAAACCAACCAACUGUUCCAGCUUACUAUUCUUCAUCAUUAAGAUGUGUUGCCAAUGGAAACCACAAGACCGAGCUCCACUGAAGCAGGUAAUUUCAAUGCUUCAGUUAGCUGAGAGCCACGGCAAUAACACGCGGGUACUUCAAGCACCCAGUACACUGGACAUUGAGAAGUACAUGCAGGAAGCAGGCUACGGAGAGGAAUACAAUUUUGCUUCCCUUUGAUGCACUCAUCUUGAUUUGUUAUGAAAAUAAACUUAUGAGGUUCAAUUAUAUAAAUUAUACAUGAUUGGUCCUGCCAAGUGAGAUAUUUAAGAAACCAUUUCAACUUUCUUGCAUUACAAAUUGGGCACAAGAAAAAUCUUGGAAUAUACAGUACUGUGCAAAAGUCUUGAGCCUCCUCAUUUCUUUAUAUUUCGCUUCCACAAAGCCAGACUUUCUUGUAUUUUUAACAAGAAAGAUCUCCAGGCUUCCUGAACCACAUUUUCAGUCCAGUCCAUGUACCAGAUCAGGUUGUUAAGCUACACACUGACCUUUGAAUCGUUUAAGCAUGAAAACAAUCUAACAUACAGUAAGGCAUGAAUCAGUGAGAAUAAGGUGCAGAUGACGACAGAUGAUUAUCAGUGAUUAGUGUAGUGAUGAUGCUGAAUGCUGAGCGCAUCAACAGACGAGGAACAGACGAGAGGGGAAAUGAGGUUGUUGCUGAAGUUGUUACAUAAACAAAAAUUUUUAAACUGUAUAUUUAGAUACUUUAAACCAUUUGAUCUUAACCCUUUAAUUAACCUUUACAUUAAUUUUUUCAUUUACAGUCAAACCUUGGAUUACGAGCAUAAUUCAUUCAGGAAGUGGGCAAAUCAAAGCAAAUGUUUGUAUAAGAAAUAAUGAAAACUGAAUUUAUUCAUUCCAUAGCCGCAAAAAAACAAAAAUAAAAAUAAAUCCUGACAGAUAUGCGGAUAGCCGUUUAUACAGGCAGGCACUGUGUGUGUGUGUGUGUGUGUGUGUGUGUGAGACGCAUGCAUGAUACACGAUAAUCUGUACUCGUAAAUCAAGACUUGUUCAUUUUCCAAGUCAAAAUUAUUAAAAUAUAAUAUAUAUUAAAAAUCUUUGAUCGUCUUGCCUAACACUCGCAAACUGUUACUCGCAAUCCGAGGUUUUACUGUUCUUUAAAGAACUUUAAAAGACUUUUGCACGGUACUGUAUAUUUGCAACAAAUCCACUAGUUUUUUUUAUUUUUUAUUGGAUGCUGUCAUUUAUUUGUUAUAUUCAUAUUAAAUACGAACAAAGCACAUAUGCUGGAUUGUUUCUGAGUUCUCAGUGUUCCCAGAAUACUUUAAUAUAUUUUGCCCAAGAUAUAUCAGUUACUGAAAAUGAAUGAAUGAAUAAAUCAGUGUUAUGUGAUGUUAAUAAAGUAUCUGUAGUAACUGUGUUAAAGAUAUAUAUUUUUAAGCCAAAAAAGUAUGUUUAUUGUAUUUAUUUCAAUGAGUAUUUUUAUAUGUAUCUGUAAAACCCUGCUAGGUAGCGAUGAUAAUUUAUAUGCUAAUAUAAUUUUUUACAGUAUAUAAAUAAGUGUGUCAUUUUACUGUUUGUAUCACUCUUUUUGUCUGUGCUCACAACCUAUGAAUUCAAAACAUCAUGCCAGCAACAUCACGAGCCGACGUGGCAAAGGAUAAUUUUUAUUUAAGAUAUAAAAGCGUGUCAGGUAAAAGUGAAAAGGAAAACAAGAAGAUGAUAGUUUUACAAAAGCACUUAUAACAGGGAGAAAAUAAUCUGUAAGAGCUAGCUAGCUAAUGUUUUAUACAUUGAAUGUGGUUUCUUCUUGAUCUAUUUCUGCCAGCAAGGCUAAA